ACAGCGACGACCCAACUACAAUUCUAGAUCCAUUACGAGAAGAAGAAGAAGACAUCGUCGUAGAAGAGCAACUAAAUGUUUUUUCUUCUCACUUCUCGAAUCGUCUCACAUCUUCAUUAUCCGAGUCUUCAUCGUCCCGAGUGACUUGUCUUCAAAAUCUCGGGUUCUUCUGAUGUUCCCAUCUCGUUCCAUAUUCCUGAUUCUUUUCUUGCCAGUUCUGAUAUUCGUUGCGGAGGCUGUGGAGAAUGAGUUUCAUGUCAAUCAUUGUGUGCUAAGGUGUAAGGAUAAUCAUAUGAUGGAGAUGGACAACGAAUGGUCUCACGAUUUCACUCUUCCACUUUUAAAUCUUCUCAAAACGACUGGCAACGAGACGGCCGCUUUCAUAAAGGCCAAGGCUAUUUGCACAAGCAAUCGCUUUCUAGAGAUCUGUGUCAGAAAAUGCAAUACAUCACAAGAGGCUUCAAUCAUUUUGGCCGGUAUUCGAUCUUGGCACGAUGCUUGUAAUAAUUUGGAAGAGGUCCGUGCACAAUUCCCGUGUUGGAAGGAGAAUGGUGAGCGGCUCUCAAGUGUGUGCAGAGAUCAAACAGUUCGAUUGGAAAUGGAUAUGCAAAAGUUUGCCCGAAAUCAGACUCAAGAGAAUAUUGAAACGAUUUGCAUCGACUUUGAGCAUUUUUCCCAUUGCUUUAUUCAGGAGCACGGGAAGUAUUGCGGCUAUCGAAGUGAAGUGAUAACUGCUAGAAUGUUCGAAAAUAAUCGGGAGGCAAUGUUCAAAAUGCUGAAAAUUCGUUGGAAUACGCUACCAGCUUCAUGUAAGUACAAUCAAUUGCGAAGAGACACCUCAUCAAGUGACCGGUACAAUAAUAACAAUGCUGCAUCGAUCACCAUAUCGAUUAUUCUUUUGCUUCUUCCGUUUGUGUUUUGAAUUGUUUCUUCUUAUCAAGUUAUUGUGAAUAAAUGAGCAUUUUUUU